AGAUCUUAAAAUAACAUUAGUAAUGAGAGUAAUGGAAACAAGAGUAAUAAAAAGAUAGAGGAGAUGUCAAAACAAAAAUAGUUUUUUGGACCAUUAUAAUAAUAAUUGCUUGCUAACAUUUGAUGAAGGUUAAAUAUAAGAUAUUUUAGAGAAGACAAUAUAAACAAAAAGAUGAGGAAUAA